AUGGUCGGGUUCACUACUGUCCUUAAGACUCUGCCAGCGCUAGCUGCAAGCGCUCUUGCUAGUGUCAACUAUCCCACCAAGCCCACAGACCUGACCACUCCUGUCCAGCAGCGUUUGGCUGUCUAUGGACCCAAUUCUGUCUCCGUUGGCUGGAACACAUACGAGCAACUGAACCAGAGCUGUGUGACAUACGGUACCUCAGCAGAUGACUUGAGCUCUAAAGCUUGCUCCACCGGGUCGAGCACUUAUUCGACCUCACGGACAUGGUCUAGCGCAGUGGUGUUGACUGAUCUUACUCCGGCCACCACCUACUACUACAAGAUUGUCUCGACCAACUCCAGUGUAGAUCACUUCCUGAGUCCCCGUACUCCCGGAGACAAGACCCCUUUCAACCUCGAUGUUGUGAUUGAUUUGGGAGUCUACGGUGCUGAUGGUUUCACUAUUUCCUCGACCAACGCCAAGAAGGAUACCAUUCCCUAUGUUCAGCCCGCGCUUAACCACACCACCAUCGGCCGACUCGCUGACACUGUGGAUGACUAUGAGAUCGUUAUCCACCCCGGUGACUUCGCCUACGCUGAUGACUGGUACUUGAAGCUUUCGAACCUGCUGGACGGUACUGAAGCCUACCAAUCCAUCCUGGAGCAAUUUUACGAUCAAUUGGCACCCAUUGCCGCUCGCAAGCCCUACAUGGCCAACCCAGGUAACCACGAAGCGGACUGCUCCGAGAUCCCGUACCUCCUUGAGCUGUGCCCGGAAGGCCAGAAGAACUUCACGGACUUCAUGCACCGCUUCGAGAAGACCAUGCCCACUCCGUUCACCUCCUCAUCCACCAAUACAGCCGCCCAAGCAUUAGCCAUCCAGGCCAAGAGCUACGCGCUUCCUCCAUUCUGGUACUCUUUCGAGUACGGCAUGGCACACAUUGUCAUGAUCAACACUGAAACCGACUUCACCGAUGCUCCUGAUGGAACCGACGGCUCGGCGAAGCUCGACAGCGGACCCUUCGGUAAGCAGGGCCAGCAGCUCGAGUUCCUGAAGGCCGAUCUCGCCAGCGUCGACCGCACAGUUACCCCAUGGGUAAUCGUCGCCGGUCACAGACCCUGGUACAGCACCGGCGGCUCGGACAACAUCUGCGACUCAUGCCAGGAGGCCUUCGAAGAGCUUUUCUAUACAUACGGCGUUGAUCUGGGUGUCUUCGGACACGUGCACAACUCGCAGCGCUUUACCCCCAUUUACAACGGUACUGUUGACUCCCGGAACUUGACCGAUCCCAAAGCGCCUAUGUACAUUGUCGCUGGUGGUGCGGGCAAUAUUGAGGGUCUGAGCGAUGUUGGCACCAAGCCUGAUUACACCGAGUUUGCAUAUGCGGACGAUUACAGCUAUGCGACGCUGAAGUUAUUGGAUGAGCAAAACCUCCAGAUUGAUUUCAUUCGGUCAUCGACUGGUGAGGUUCUGGAUAGCAGUACCCUUUACAAAUCGCACACGACUCAGUUUGUGGUGCAAUAG